AGUACGAUGCGGUGCGGCGGAGCACCUUUCCGCGCGAUGGUCGUGAGGGCCGCGCUCGUGCUGGCCGUGCUGGGCGCGUGCGCCUCUCGGUGCGCCUGCUCGCCCUGGAACCAGGACGACGUGGACCGCCUCCGCGCGUGGCAGGAGCGCCAGGACGAGCGCCUGCUGAUGCAGCAGCGCGGCCUGGAGGAGCGGCAGCGGCUGCACGACGACCUGCUGCUGGAGCGCCUGUACCAGCAGACGGACGGCCAGCUGCACCGCGAGCGGCAGCACGACGAGCGCCAGACCGAGCGCGACGAGCGCCUCAACGACCACCAGCGUCUGCGCGACGACCUGCAGCAGGACCGCCAGACCGAGCAGUCCGAGCGCCAGGGCCACUUCCAGGACAUACGCGACCAGCACCUGGACGAGCACCAGCAGCUGCACGACGAGCUGGCCUCGGACCGCGAGCGCGAGGUGGAGGACCUGCGCCGCCAGCGCGAGCAGCUCACCGACCAGACGCGCCGCGACCGCGAGCGCACCGACCGCGAGCGCGAGCGCGAACAGCAGCGCCGCGAGCGCGAGCAGCAUCGCCGCGAGCAGGAGCGCGAGCAGGAGCAGCGCCGCGUCGAGCGCGAGCGCGACCUGCGCGACCAGCGCCGACGGUGGAGGCGCGACGCGGACGCCGCCAACGCCACCGCCACCGACGCCGUCAAGUCCUACGAGGGCUCGCAGCUGUGGCGGGUCCAGGCCUCGGAGGGCGACGUCGCCAACCUGCAGAGCCUCGAGACCAACGGAGUGGCCCAGGUGUGGUACAGCAACGCCACGGUGUGGGACUUGCUGGUGGCCGCCGAGAACCAGCCCCACGUCAGCAAGCUGCUCGCCGACAACAAGCUGGCCUACACCGUGGUCAUCGCGGACCUGCAGCGCGCCAUCGCCGAGGAGAACCCCGCCCUGUCCGAGGAGGAGCUCGAGCUGACCGGCAGGAAGGGGCACCGCAUGACGUGGCAGCACUACCACCGCGCCGCCGACAUGGCGGGCUGGGUGGACUACCUCGCCAAGACUUACCCCGACACGUGCGAGGCCAUGGUGAUCGGCAACUCCCUGGAGGGGCGCCCCCUCAAGGUGUUGCACAUCAAGGGCAAGGCCGGCAGCCCCGCCAUGUGGAUCGACGGAGGCAUCCACGCGCGUGAGUGGAUCACGUCGGCGUCCGUCUCGUACAUGGUGAACGAGCUGUGCGAGAACCGCGACGCGUACAGCUCGUGGCUGGACAAGGUGGACCUGUACGUCCUGCCGCUGGCCAACCCCGACGGUUACGAGUACUCGCACCAGAGCGACCGCAUGUGGCGCAAGAACAGGCGAAGGGGCGGUGGCUGCGACGGCAUCGACCUGAACCGCAACUUCGGCUACAAGUGGGGUGGCAAGGGCGCCAGCCCGCAGCCCUGCCAGGAGAUCUUCCGCGGCUCGGCCGCCUUCUCGGAGCCCGAGACCAACGCCAUCCAGAACUUCGUCCUGUCCAAGAAGGGCUCCCUCAAGUCGUACCUCAGCUUCCACAGCUACGGCCAGUACGUGCUGUACCCGUGGGGCUACGACCGCUUCGUGCCGCCAGACCACCAGGACCUGCAGCGCGUCGGCACCAAGAUGGCCAACGCCAUGCGCGCGACCAGCGGCCUGCCCUACACCGUGGGUUCCUCGGCGGCCCUGCUCUACCCCGCGUCAGGCGGCUCGGACGACUGGGCCAAGGGCGUGGCCGGCAUGAAGUACGCCUUCACCAUCGAGCUCCGCGACACGGGGCGCCACGGCUUCGUCCUGCCCUCCAGCCACAUCCUGAGCUCCGGCAAGGAGGUCAUGGCCGCCGUGCGCACCCUGGCCCAGGAGGUGGCGCUGCUCUGAGCGAGUGGGCCUCGCCCAAGGCCUCGCCCAAGGCCUCGCCCAAGGCCUCGCCCAAGGCCUCGCCCAAGGCCUCGCCCAAGGCCUCGCCCAAGGCCUCGCCCAAGGCCUCGCCCAAGGCCUCGCCCAAGGCCUCGCCCAAGGCCUCGCCCAAGGCCUCGCCCAAGGCCUCGCCGCAGAACGCUGCCAGAACACGGCCCUUCCGCGGGGGUCUCCACGCCUCCAUUCCUCCUCCUCCACCGCACCGGACGCCCGGUCCCUGGACGCACUGUCCCGGACGGUCCCGGACGGGGCGCACCUGCGGAGAAUGGCGAAUAGGAAUCCCCGCCGAAUGGACGUGUUCCUCGUCCAAGUCAUCGUCGCUCACUCUGCUCGCCGCGGUUCCACGUUUAACCCGCUCGCUGGCCGGCUGCUCGCUCUGCUCGCCCUUCCGCGCGGGUGGAAUGUCCGUAUUGGUUUAUCGCCCAAUCAAAACAUUCCUCGCGCCAGGGCGCCACGGGGGGCGUGGCCGGUGCGUGGCGCCGCCUCGCCUCGCCUCGCUGGCGUGGGGAUUGCGGCAUGGCCAUGGCAUGGCGCCGCGGACCGACGGACGGCACGAUACCGAGCAUCGGGUUACAGCUGGAUUUCGUUUUAAAAUGAAUCUAUUUUGUAUGUUGUUCUGUGCUCGUUUGUACAAAAAAGUCUAUAAUUCUGUGGCACCGAGUUAAAGUUUGACUGAAUUUCUCCUGUGAAAAACCCACCCAUGACUGAAUAAACGUAACUCUAAGGUUCGAGCGUUGUUUUGUG